AUGGCAUUGUCGCCAACCAAUGUUCAGGAGCCCAGCGCUCAAGAAGAGCUUAUGAGCGCUCUUUCUGUACUCCAUGUUGGUGGGAAAUACUCGGAUCUUACCAUCACAUGCGGCUACCGACAAUGGGCAGUCCACAGAGCAAUCGUAUGCAGCCGAAGUGGAUUUUUCGACGGAGCUUGCUCCCAUCAAUUCCGGGAAUCCAAUGGUGUUAUCGACCUCUCUGAGGAUGACGAGGAAGCUGUGGCACAAAUGAUCCACUAUCUCUAUCAUCUGGACUACCUCACUCAACAACCUGCACAGCAGCCCUCGGCGAUGUUCCGCCAUCGUGCAUAUUCGAAUCCACGUAACAAGGCACCGAAAAAACUCGACUUGACGCAGAUACAGGAUCCACUGUUGGCACAAGCUGGCUACUACAACGUCCCAGAAGCAGCCGCCUCGCCUGGACAUCGAUCGAGCCUCGACCUUGCCGACAAAACACCACAAUCACCCACAAAGAACCGGUCUGGUACACCACCUCUUGAGGCCGAUCUCGGCAGCGACGAAGACUGGGACGAGGAGGAGUCCACCGAAUCAGAGUCGCACCUACUACUGCACACUCAAGUCUACGCACUGGCAGAGAAAUAUGAUAUACCUGCGCUGAAGCAAUUGGCGAGGCACAAGUUCGAAAUGUCGGCUGCAUGCUAUUACGAUGCCCCGGAACUAGCUAAUGCCAUCGAAUAUGUCUAUACAUCGACCGUCGACUCGGAUAGAGGCCUUCGAGAUGUGAUUCUCCAGCUAUUCCGGUCACACCCACAGCUAGCGAAUACACAAGAUAUCUUUGCUGUGCUCAAAGAAACUCCAACUCUGGCCCUGGAACUAUGGAAGGUUGAGCGAGGCCUGCUCUAG